AUGCUUUUUGAUGAUGAUGAUGAAGAUGAAAAUGAAGAUUUGGAACAUGUUCAGAUGAGAGCUCUGAAAGUAAUUACAGAGCUAAAAAUUAAAGCUAAGGGAAGAAUUGUCUUUGUGCUUCUUUUCUCUGCAGCCUGGGUAGGAGCCCUCUCAAUGGGCAUGAUCUUCUUCUGUUCUCCCAUUGUGAGUAUAUUCACUGAUCGUUUGGGCUGCCGAAUCACAGCAACUGCAGGUGCUGCUGUCGCUUUCAUAGGCCUCCAUACCAGCUCCUUCACCAGCUCACUAAGCCUGCGUUAUUUCACCUAUGGGAUUCUCUUUGGUUGUGGCUGUUCCUUCGCCUUUCAGCCGUCUCUCGUCAUCCUGGGCCACUACUUCCAACGCCGCCUGGGUUUGGCCAAUGGUGUGGUGUCUGCUGGAAGUAGCAUCUUCUCCAUAUCCUUUCCUCUUCUCAUCAAAACACUGGGGGCUAAGAUCAAGCUCGCCCAAACCUUCCAGGUGCUGAGUACCUUCAUGUUUAUUCUUACCCUGCUUUCGCUCACCUACCGGCCACUCCUACCCAGUUCUCAGGACACCCCAAACAAGAGAGGUGUCCGCACCCUGUGCCAACGCAUUCUGGCUCAGCUUAGAAAGUACUUCAACAUGCGAGUGUUCCGCCAACGUACCUACCGCAUCUGGGCCUUUGGGAUUGCUGCUGCUGCCCUUGGCUACUUCGUUCCUUAUGUACACCUGAUGAAGUAUGUGGAGGAGGAGUUCUUGGAAAUCAAGCAGACCUGGGUGCUCUUGGUGUGUAUUGGGGCUACCUCAGGCCUUGGGCGUCUUGUGUCAGGCCGUGUCAGUGACUCCAUUCCUGGACUUAAGAAGAUCUACUUGCAGGUCAUCUCCUUCCUGCUCCUGGGCCUGAUGUCCAUGAUGAUUCCCCUGUGCCGGGGCUUCGGGGGCCUCAUCGUUGUCUGCCUCUUCCUGGGUCUGUGUGAUGGCUUCUUCAUCACCAUCAUGGCCCCCAUCGCAUUUGAGCUGGUGGGCCCAAUGCAGGCCUCACAGGCAAUUGGCUACCUCCUUGGCAUGAUGGCCCUGCCGAUGAUUGCUGGGCCCCCCAUUGCAGGCCUCCUCCGCAACUGUUUUGGGGACUACCAUGUGGCCUUCUACUUUGCUGGUGUGCCCCCAAUCAUUGGGGCUAUAAUCCUCUUCUUCGUCCCUCUGAUGCAUCAAAGGAUGUUCAAGAAAGAGCAAAGGGAUUCCAGCAAGGAUAAGAUGUUGGCCCCUGAUGCAGACCCUAAUGGGGAGCUGCUGCCGGGCUCCCCCAUCCCUGAGGAACCAAUCUAAUGUGUUUUCCUAGUCAUUGUGUGCUCCUCCUCAACCCUUUCCUUUCACUCCACCUGCUCAGCAUUUACAUUUUUGCCAUCAGCACAUUUGUUCUCAAACAUGCACACACAGCAGUUCAGACACCUGACCAUCCCGUUGGAGCCAAAGCUCCUGUUAAACUCAUUAACUAAAUGCUCCCUGUGAAUGCCUUUAAACUUGCCAGGGUCCUUCUCCCAGGAACUAGAAAAGCUUAGUAUCUCUCUGGUGUUUGGAACAUGUCCAUAUACUUUCUAACACUUGGAGAUAGUACCCCCUGGCCCCAGAUUGCUAGUCACCCACUAAAAGCAACUUCCAAAGGUGCUACUGUGUCCCUAGAAGCCUGGUGGGAAGAUCCAAGCCUCUGUGUGCUCAGAAUUUCCUUGCCAUCUGUCCUUGGAGCCUUUGGUAAGGAGGCAGAGAAAGGGAAGAGAGGUAAAAUCAGACAAGAGUCUUGCUUAGUCUCAGAGCCUCUGAGGGCUGUGGCUUCCCAAGAGCUGUGGGUGACAUCACUUUACAAGAGUACAAAUAGUUUCCCCAACAUAGAGUUGGUUAACAGUCUGCUUCCUUCUUCCCUUCAUUUCUUUCCUUUACUGCUUUUCCCUUCUCUUCCCCCUCUAUUUCUUUUUAAGACUAUCAUAGAUGCAUGGGUGUUUGACACUCUAGGAGGGACCUAGAGCUUGGGCCAAUCAGCUUCUCUUGGCCCAGCCCAUCCCUACCAAAUCAUCAAUUCCACUCAUCUCAGUCUGAGCCACAUCUUACUUUUUGGCUCAAGCUGCUAUAAUUAUAAUCUGGAAGAGUAGAAUAUCACAUAGGGAAGGGAUAUUAAACACCAUAAAGUUCCACUCACUGAUUUUUACAGAUUUCCCAGGCUAGUGUGCUAACUUGCAGGCACUCCUAGCUCCCCAUCCUUGUAGUCAUCUGUCAAAAUGUGAAGAAAUCCCUUUCAUCUCAGCAUGCAGAGGAGGACUGAUGAUGGGGAAGGGCUUGGUUGAGGGAGGGGCAAUAGUUAUUGACCUGGCAAAGGACCAACUCCUCCAUCCCUCAUUAUUCAUGAUAGGUUAAUAUUACCAGCUGGGGCAGGGCAGGAAAGGGACUGUUUUAGGGAAAAUUCCAUUCCUAACCUGGAUCCCCUACAGAUAAAGGCAGCAGCUGCAUAUAGUGUUGAACAAUUUCUUUUAGGAAGAGGGAACCAUUCUAGCCUUUACCACCCAAUGUGUCUCCCAUGCUGAGCAUCCUGAGCCAUUCUACUUAGCAGACAUUAAAGGUGCCAGGAAAGGUAGAGUCUGGACCAUCUUAAUCCCUCUGAAAUAGGUGCCAGAUAUUCCCCUAUGUUGCCAUUAUGUUGCCAUAAUCUGGAUUAUGGGCAACACUCUUGCUGAAGAGCAUUGCCAGCUAGGCUGUGUCCAAGCUAGCACAACCCACCUCCUUAGGAGCUCAGCUUCUCUCCUUUCUUGGUCUCUUUGUGUCCCUUUCUUCCUAUUAUGGGCCGCUGUCUGUUAUGCUCCUGUUACCCUAAUCUUUCAUCACCUUCUUUUCAGGCAUCCUAGGCCAUUACUUGGAACUAAUGGUGACUUGCCAUCCUAAGACAGGGACAUCCCAGGGCCAGAAGGACGAAGUUGCCUGUGAGGAGCUUCAAAGAAUACAGUGGUUCUCACCCAUAACAUUUUCUGUUACAAACAGGCAGCUGGGGCAUGGUUGGCUUCUCGUGGCCUCAUUCAAGGCCAAAGUCCUGCACCCCCUCCAUUGGUCCUAGUCCAGCUUUUAUCAACUCUCCAAAGGAAAAUCCACUGGCUCUUAUCACUGUGGAUAGGAAGGGGCCUAAUUACUAUCCUGUUGGCUCCAGCAGCAGUGAAACGGGGGAGCCAGGCCCCAGGAGCCUUGUAAUUGAACAUUGAAAAUGUUGGAGCAACAAAGGCCCUGCUCCCAUUCUUCCUGUCCCUUCCCCACCAAGUCACUGAAGGGCAGUUUUGCAGGGUCCCCUUUGUUGCUCAAGGUGAAGAUAGCUCUUAAAAAUCAGGCUGCCAACCACUUCUCUCCAGAUGAAGGAAAGACAUUCACAGGUCCCAAAUCUGCCCUAUCAGUUGUCACAUAACAUAGUGGGAUAUUAGUUUAUUUCUUCCACAUAUAUGCAUGUACAUGUGUGAGCUUGUGUGCUUUUGGAGAGAAUGUUGGUUGGUAAAAGCAGCUCAGUAUUAAUAUUUAGGGUAGGAUGCAGCCUCUAAUGCACCACAGUUAAGUCUAGGAAAACGAACAAAAUUUGGGAGCUUGAGAUCUGGGACAUUUAAAUCCUCAGAAGGUUUGGAACAAAAUAAACAGAUCUAAAAAUCUA